CCCCAGAUGUUAACCCCUUCUUGCCCAGUAUCAUUAGUACAGUGUCAGUGCUUUUUAUUAGCAUUGAUCACUGUAUUGGUGUCACUGGGGAUGUCACUGACAGUCAGUUCCCCCCCAGUGUCAGAAUGCCCACCGCAGUCCCACAGUCACUGACUGCGCCAAUACUAGUAUAAAAAAAAAAUUUCAGUAUAUAUACAGCCAUUUGUGGAUGCUAUAACUUUCACGUAAACCAAUUAAUUUACGCGUAUUGGGAUUUUUUGUAGCAGAAUAUAUUUUGCCGUAAAUCUAUGACAAAAU